UGUGAUGCACCCCUGAGCAUGAAGCAGCUGUCAACACACGGCCUACAAGAACAACAACAGCUGAACUGACAGCAGCGCCGAAGCAGCAGCAACGAAAAACAUUUUACAGAAUGGGCAACGCUCUCAAUCAUUACAUGAAACCAGACGUGGUACCCGGGCCCGAUGUGGUGCCUAGCUUUGAUCCCAUGCUGGGCUUUGAGACGCGCAAGGAACGCGUCAUGAUUGCCACUAAGGAGGAGAUGGAAUCGGCGAAACUGCCACUGGAGGAUCGUGACUAUUGUGCCCACAAGCUGAUCGCCUAUCAGUCGUGCCGCGCCGACAAGUUCCCCUUCGUCUAUCAGUGUGCGCACGAGAAGCACGAUUAUCUCACCUGCGAAUACGAGGAUUAUGUGCUGCGCAUGAAGGAAUUCGAACGUGAGCGUCGCCUGCUCGAGCGUCAAAAGCGUCUGAACAAGGCCGCUUAAGGCUCGCGUGGAGUUCGUCAAGUGUUCAGUUCAGUUCAGUUAAGUCGAUUGUUGGUCGGGACGGGGGGCAGUUGAUAUCCAUGAAAUCCACAUACAAUCUACAUCAACACACAGAUGAGAAUGCGACAACAACAACAACACUGCGCCUGCCCGUCAAGCAAGCGAAGGAAAUUUCAAUAAAAUAACAUGCCUAGUAAUAAUAUG